AGAGAAACAAGAAAGCCGGUGCCCCGGUGCAGUGGCAGGGGGCACAGACUAGCCAUACAGGGCGGAGUCCAGUGUUGGUUGCAUUUAUUUAGUGGGAAUUCUUCUUGGCAGUGAAGGAUUAUGUUGACAUAUCUCACUUCCAAGUUAUAUUAAAUCGUAUGGUCGUAUUAUAAUUUACUUUAUUUAUUUUUGUUAAGUUUCUUAAAACUUUCAGACGCUGUUUCUACAAAUGUCAAUUUGUACUUUUAUUGGCGUAAAAGCAUGGACCAUUUUCAGUUUUUUAACUUCAUGUUUCGUUUUGGUUGGAAUUUGAACACCCAAACUUAAAAUUUCUGGAUCCGUCCCUGCUGAGAGGAAUGGUUUCGCGGCAUCGUGGUUCCAGCUGGGCUCUGACAAACCGGGUUCGUGGUUGGCUAGCUGGAAUCACCUAAUGCAAUGUCUAUAUUGUUAUAUGUCUAGUAUUCUUGUCUUUUUUGCGCUUUCUUCAGUUGUUUGUACUUUGUAGACGUCUGCCAAUGAAAGCUGUAUCGCUGCUCUAGGAUCAAGGUUAUGUAUUGUGGAUCAUGGAUUGGUAGCUUACUGUCUUCAGCCUAUUGAACAUUGACCACUAUAGCUGGAUAUGGGUGUGCCAAGACUUCCAAGUGUCACUCUGAUAAUGACACAUACCCACUUACAAUUUCUUAUUCUGAUCAUCUGAUGGGAACUCAUCUAUAAAACUACUAGCAUGCAUGUAGCUUAUGCCCUUAAUCUGAACCAUUUCUGAGAACAUGCCAUUUGGACACCUCAAGUUCUACAAGACAACAGCUGUAACUGCUCGCUGUCUUGCUUGUCAACAGGUUUUAUAUUCUCUGGAACAGCCAAACACCACCCUUACCGAAACCAUCAUGAAGCUCAUCCAUCCUGCAGGUCUUGUCCUACUCUCUUGCAUUUUUCUCCUGUGCGCCGUCGUGCCAGUGAGAGCCGACUUACGGCGUGAAGCUGAAGCACUCGUGAAUUGGAAAGCUAGCUUGGCCAGUGCCCAUGAGUCCCUUGGAUCAUGGUCGUUGGCCAACUCCAUAAACCUUUGCAGAUGGUCGGGCAUCAGGUGCGAUUCAGCCGGGCACAUCGCUGAGCUCUACCUCUGGAACGCAAGUCUGAACGGCACACUUGACGAGCUCGACUUCUCGGCCUUUCCUCACCUGAAGGAACUCAGCUUUGGCCACAAUGGUCUACACGGUACCAUUCCAGCAGGGAUUGGCAACCUGACGAGCUUGGUGGUGUUGCAGAUCACGGACAGCCCGUAUUUGAGGGGCGCCAUUCCACGCAGCAUUGGCCAGCUGAAACACCUUGCUUUACUGAAUUUAGUAUUCUUGGGGCUCGAUGGCACACUACCUGAAGAGGUGGGUAACUUGACAAGCUUGGAGGAGCUCAGUCUCAACUCGGUUACUUUGACUGGAUCAAUCCCACUAACAAUUGGGAUGCUCGUGAAGCUUGGCGUUCUGGAUCUCUCAGGCAACAAUCUGACUGGCAGCAUCCCACUGGAGAUCGGAAACAUGACAUCAUUGCUGCAUAUGGAGUUUUCGUUGAACUACUUGGAGGGGCAGCUACCCAGUACCAUCUCACAUCUGACAGAACUCCACUCUUUGGUUUUGUCAGCAAAUCAGCUUGGAGGCCAUAUCUUCCCUGAGCUCGGGAAUAGCAGCCUCCUCGAUACAAUCAAUGUUGAAAAGAACAACUUCUCCGGGUUGUUCCCGUCAUCGGUUUGCGUAGGAGGAGCACUAAGAACUGUCAGUGCUAGUUAUAAUGGAUUUACCGGCAUUCACCAGCAGACCUUUCAGAACUGCACAACCCUGCAAGAAGUUUACUUCACAGCAAACAACAUUGUUGCAGAGCUAAGGGAUUGCUUUGGCGAGCAUCCAGAGCUUGAGAUUAUGGCUUUCCGUCAAAACCAGCUGUAUGGCUCACUUCUGACUGACCAGGGUGAGGUAUUCCUUUGUAACAUUACUUAUUUAGCACUCUUAGACCUAGCAAACAACGACUUAAAUGGAGGUCUCCACGAGUGUAUUGGGGAGUUGCCACGGUUGAUAUUCAUGGAUCUGUCAAGGAACUCUUUCAGUGGUGUUGUUCCGUUCUCAUGCCACAACAACAGUCUUCACCAUCUACACUUAGCCAAUAACCAUUUCAGAGGGACUUUUCCUUUGGGUCUUAAGAAAUGCAAAAGCCUUAUCACUCUAGAUCUUGGAGGCAACCAUUUCUCUGGUACGAUACCUUCCUGGGUAAGCAUGAGCUUGCCUAGACUAAAAUUUAUUCUGCUGUCAUCAAACAUUUUCGACGGUAUCAUACCCCACCAGAUAUUUCAAUUUCGCCAACUCAUGUUAUUGGACUUGUCAAAGAAUAGGCUCACCGGAUCCAUUCCAGACGAUUUUACCAAUUUCACUGGCAUGAUACAAGAACAGAAAACUCACACCGCUAUCUUCCUGCCUAAUGGAGAAGAGAUUGAAAUAGUUUUUAAUUAUGCUGAUCAUGUUGAGGUUGAAAUAGUUUGGAAAUAUGCUGGUCGUGUUUACAAUCUGUGGAAGGGAGCCAUGGUGGGUAUAGACUUGUCUGACAACUAUCUUUCACAAGAGAUCCCUAAUGGACUUACAGCCCUUCUUGGACUCAGGUACCUGAACUUAUCAAGAAAUCAUCUGUUAGGCUCUAUUCCCAAAGACAUCGGUAAUCUGGUACUGCUGGAAUCACUGGACCUUUCGCAGAACCAGCUUUCCGGGGGAAUUCCUCCAAGCUUCGCAGCUUUGAAGAGCAUCACUGUUCUGAACCUCUCGUAUAAUGGUUUAUCAGGGAGGAUUCCUACCAGCAGUCAGCUGCAGGGGCUGUGCUCCGGUGUACCCCCCCCGGCGAACGACGUUCAGGUGGUAAACAUGCGUUUGGUUCGUGACCAGAAAAUAUGGAUGAUUCCAUCUCAAAAGCCGAAUAUUUCUGAGAAAGGCUGGACCAUAUGAUCCAUGAAUUUCAUGACUAAUCUCACUAGCCGCCUGAGAAUCCAUGGCCGUCGACGCGACUCCGACACCUGCCACCGUCGUAUGUGUGGCUCCCCAGCUCAGCGGCGGCCACCAUGUCAUGGCGAGCGGUGGGCUUGCUUUUCCGCGUGGCUCCCCAGCUCGACAUCGGCGGCCUCCAGGGCGCGGUAAGCGGCGAGCUUGAUUUUCAACGUGGCUCCCUAGCUCGGCGGCGGCGG